GCAUGAAGACUGGUAAGGUGGUGGUUUUAUUAACAACGAUAAAUAGUAAAGCAACACCAUUGUGAUUUUUUUCCUGCCUUGUGGCCUCACCUGUUUAUAAGGACUGGACUUUUAUUUAUUAAGUUGUGUUGUUUUAUUGACAACACAUGCAUCAUAUCUUUUGACUUUGAAGGAUAUCUCAUGUCAAAGGAAUCAAGUUAUGAUUUGUAGAGGAUUCAGCUGGCAUAACUUGUGGGUGCUGGCUGAGGGUGGCAAAAUGCCUACCGAGACAUGAAGGUUUUGGCCACUAGUUUUGUCCUUGGGAGCCUGGGGUUGGCCUUCUACCUGCCUUUGGUGGUGACUACACCUAAAACACUGGCCAUCCCUGAGAAGCUGCAAGAAGCUGUGGGGAAGGUUAUCAUCAAUGCCACAACCUGUACUGUCACCUGUGGCCUUGGCUAUAAGGAGGAGACCGUCUGUGAGGUGGGCCCUGAUGGAGUGAGAAGGAAAUGUCAGACUCAGCGCUUAGAAUGUCUGACCAACUGGAUCUGUGGGAUGCUCCAUUUCACCAUUCUCAUUGGCAAGGAAUUUGAGCUUAGCUGUCUGAGUUCAGACAUCCUGGAGAUUGGACAGGAAGCUUUCCGGUUCACCUGGAGACUUGCUCGAGGUAUCAUCUCCACUGACGAUGAGGUCUUCAAACCCUUCCGAGCCAAUUCCCACUUUGUGAAGUUUAAAUAUGCUCAGGAGUAUGACUCUGGGACAUACCGAUGUGAUGUGCAGCUGUUAAAAAACUUGAGACUUGUCAAGAGGCUCUAUUUUGGGCUGAGGGUCCUUCCUCCUAACUUGGUGAACCUGAAUUUCCAUCAGUCACUUACUGAGGAUCAGAAGUUAAUAGAUGAGGGAUUGGAAGUUAAUCUGGACAGCUACUCCAAGCCUCACCACCCAAAGUGGAAAAAGAAGGUGGCGUCAGCCUUGGGAAUAGGAAUUGCCAGUGGAGUGGUUGGUGGCGUGUUGGUGAGGAUUGUCCUCUGUGUGCUGAGGGGGGGCCUGCAGCAGUGACAGCCUUGAGAACUUAACAGUUUUGCUCCUGAAGGACUGGCUGCCCAGGAAGCCAAGCUAGCUUUUUAGGGGAGUGUUCCAGCUGCUGGUAGUGGAUCAGCUUAGAGGGAAGGCUCCCACAGCCAAAAGAAUGAGUGGGAGAAAUGGAGGGGACAACCUCCUGGGAGCUAUGGGCAGUAAUCUAACUUCCUUAUGUCCCAUGGAUCUCUUCCUGAUAUUCCCUGCCCAUUGGGUACCCAGGAAACUGUAAGCAUUGGCCUUUGUUCCUGGGAAGGGUUCUAAGAAGCUUGCAUUCAUUUUCUACCCUUUAUAACUUGGAUGCCUCCCCACCUCCAUUUCCCCUCUUCUGAGCUGUGUAUUCAUGUAGAGGGAUGUAUUCAGCCUUUCUAAUGAACACUUUUUUUCGAUAAAAGUAAUUCACAGUA